AUGGUGGUCGCCAGGGCGAAAGAGAAGAGCCAACGGGCUGGGCUCGUGCUGCAGGUGUCGCGAAACGCGGAUGGAUGGUCCAGGCAGCAGAUAAGAGUCGUGUGUGCCAGGCAAACAAGCGGGGGGAAGGGUCCCACGGCUAUGACGAUGCGAUGGCGGUAUUGUUUGCAGAGGAUAAAUGAGGCCGGGGGAGAACGUGCGCUGGCUAGGACGAAGAUGAUGAUGGAGAGUGAGAUGCGACGUAAGACAAGGAACAAGAAGAGACUACGGUCGGUGAUGAGGAGCGAUGCCCAGUGCAGAUGGACGGGAGGGUUGGUCAUGCGCCGUGAGGCGGCUGCCGGUGUUGGCGGGUGA